AUGACAGAAAGAGAGCUUGUCACGUUGGCACUGGGAAAUUACGCCACUUUGGUCGCCGCUCAAUGGGCUAAUGGUACAACAAGUUAUGACGUGGCUCACAACACGCUUUACACCGAGCGACACCUCCGAGCCGUCUGCGGUGGGGCGGUUGAUAAUAACCGGAGUGAAUUGCAAAGUGGCACGGAUGGUUUGAUACGAGUGCCGCGAUUGGUUCUUUUGGAUGCGCCACACGCCACACGAUUGCGGUGUAAACCAUCACUCAAUGCAGCUGCUGCUGUACAGAACGAGGAGAGCGAGGGGGAGCAUGAGCAGAAUGAAACUAGAAUUUAUGAUGAUGAUGAUGAUGAUGAUGAUGACGAUGAAAGUGAAAGUGAAAAGGAUGCGGGUGGCGAUGAUGCAGAGUCUCGGUAUUAUACACGAGGUGAGGUGGGGACAGGAGUUUUCCUUCAAGGCGAUUCAUUGGCAAUGAACUCUGAAACACAUGAAACGGGGGCGUUUGAUGCACAGAGAAGCACCUCGGAAACUGCUGUUUCGUCCUUUCAAAAAUCACAACCUUCACUGAAAGCCAUAAAAAGACGGUUAUUCCGUGAGAAGGAUGAUCUCAUUCCAUGGUGGCAGUACAUUUGCAGUGGUGUCGCCUCCGAUGCGGUACAUGUGUUACAUCCGCUGCAUCGCAUUGGCGGUAUCCCCACAGCUGGUGGCAACGACAUACCGCUGCUUCAUAACUUUGGCUUUGGAAUGAGCCACCUUCGCUCCUCCGUGAGUAGUAAUGUUGCGGACGUAGUGGAGAGCCUUCGAAGGCAGUUGGAAGAUGCAGAUUUAUUGCAAGGACUUCAAUGUUUUGUUGAUGGGGACUCCGCCUUCGGUGGGGCUGCAUGCAACAUCAUGGAGGAGUUCUGGGAAGAUGCCGGUUCAAAGGUGCCUGCAACGUUUUUUUGCUGUUUUCAGACACUUCCGGAGGAAGUUGCCGCGGCGCAUAGUGAUGUGGACUUUGCGGAUAGGCGGAAGGACGAGCAGUGCCUUAAUCGGCUUCUCGCCACCGCGAAGUUAUCGAGCCACGAUAGCGCCGUGUAUGUGCCAAUGGAGCUGGCGCAGUGGCGAACAUCUUUUGCCUCUUCUUCUUCCUUGAAUGGAUCCACUCAUUUGGCUCCCAAAGCUGCUGCCUGGCUUCAGGAUGAUACAGCCACAGCACAAGUGGUUGCAUCGUUUGCUGAUACCACCCUUUACGGGACUCGCGACGAGGGAAAACUAAACACAGGGGGGUGUGGUGGCCCAGCUUUUUACAUGCAAGAUUGGCAAGCCGCCGUCAGGCCCACAAGAUGCCUGAGAGUCGCAUCAGCCCUUACUUCCAUGCCCAUGCCUGUACAUGACGUACGAUUACCUCGAGGGGACUUGUGGGACUUCCUCCAGCGGAAUCCGUUGCUUCAAACGAGUUGUGGCGAGGGCGGCGGCUAUUUUGCACCACUAACACAUGCUGUAAGCUCGGGACCAGAGAAAGAGUCGGGCCGCGUUCUGGGCCACGCGGUUACGCUCCGCGGUGCGGGUCAAUUGCACGACUUGACAUACCCACGCCAGGAAGCCCUUUUGCGUUAUGCGCUUCCGCUGCGAUCGGGGAAUUAUCUGCCACUUAUCACUGACAAUAGUUAUCCCAUAUCAUCCACAUUCCCCCGUGACUUUGUGCUCCCUAAUGAGUUAGUGUCAUCAGGAGCUCUGCAGGGCAUUGAUAUGGGCUCGCACAUCGUGUCUACAUACGACUCGGCACCCAUGUUACAGUCUAUAGUUGCUCAGGCACAAAAAGUGGUAAGGCGAAGCCGUCACCUCCACGAAGCGUCGUAUGAGAUGGACGGUGAUGAGUGGAAGGAGGUGCUGGAGGAUGUCAUGGUCAUUCGCGAUGACUAUUAUCACCCAGCUGAUGAGGAUUAUGCCGAUAACGGUGAUGAUAUUAGCAUGAACUGA